AAAUGUAAACAUUAUUUUCUGAGCCAAUAUUUCUCUCCACGUAAAAAAUGCAUGGUCGCGAAGAUGGCAGUCCUCCCAACUAGAGACUAGAGAGUUCAUAAACCUCCUCUCUCCUCUCUUCUUCCUUGACUAGAGUUCCCGGCCGGGAUCAACUGUACAAGAAAAAAGAUGCUCAGACUACAAUAUGUUUCUUGCCACAUAAUAUCUGAUGUCAAGCCCACUACGAUUGGAAGCAAUCCAGGUUCUUGGCUCCUCCGGCUUGGGGGCAUUCGAUAUCCAUUGCGUUUGAUUCGCGUCAAGGCCUUGAAAGAUGAGAAAAAUGGUGGUGGAAGUGGAUUUGCAGGUAGAAAAUGGGAUCCUGGGCUGGAAAUUGAAGUUCCUUUUGAGCAGAGACCUGUAAAUGAGUACUCAGCUCUGAAGGAUGGACCAUUAUAUUCAUGGGGCGAACUGAGUCCAGGGUCUUUCUUCACACGUCUUGGAGGUCUGUGGUUAGUAGCUUUUACAGUUCUGGGAGCACCAAUAGCAGCUGCAAGCUUUAAUCCUUCUAGGGAACCUCUAAGGUUUGUGCUAGCUGCUGGAACUGGAACUCUGUUCUUGGUGUCAUUAGUUGUCUUGCGGAUAUAUCUGGGAUGGAGUUAUGUUGGAGAUAGACUCUUAUCAGCAGUGAUACCUUAUGAAGAGAGUGGAUGGUAUGAUGGACAAAUGUGGGUCAAGCCACCAGAGGUAUUGGCUCGAGACAGGCUGUUGGGUUCUUAUAAGGUGAAACCAGUCGUCAAGUUGCUGAAACAAACACUAGUUGGCACUGGAGUGCUGCUUGUUACAACUGUUUUGCUAUUCAUCUUUUCUACACCAGUGGAGGAUUUCCUUCAGACCACAUUUGCAACAAAAGAGAGCCAGUCAAGUAUUGCAACUUCAAGGAUCAACUCAAAGCCCAAUAUCAGAAAAGAGGAGUUGCUAAGGUUGCCUGUCGAGGUGAUGGAUGAUGAUGAUCUAGCUGCAGCUGCAGCUGAGGCUGCAGAUGGGAGGCCAGUCUACUGCAGGGAUAGGUAUUAUCGUGCAUUAGCGGGUGGACAAUAUUGCAAGUGGGAGGAUCUACUUAACUAAUGCAAAAUAUGUAUGAAUUAUUCUUGUUUUAGAAUAUAUUAAUAAAAUAGAUCACAUUGAAUGCUGUAAAACCAAAGUUCUUAAAAUAUCAAUAUCAUUACUUUUUCUGCAACCA